AUGUCAGAUUGUGACGAGGCAAAGAAGAAACUGCAAGCCAUCUGGGACGACCCACCCGCCAACGCGCCAAACAUCGAUGACGAUGGCGAUGCUUCUUGGGGACCUGUCGUUCUGUGUGCUGCCAUCACGUGGGACGAUUUCCAAGGAUGGCUCAACCGCAACGAAGGGCGAGUGAGACGAUGGGUCUUUGAGCCCCUUGCAGAUGGAACGGGGAAAGGACGAGUGGUCUUGUACAGCAUCUCGUCCGUCGUUCACUCGAAAACAGCAGGUCGAAUCGCAACCGCCAUCCGCGAUCAAGUCGCAAGGACCGGGAAUGACUUUGACCUGUUGGAUACAGUUGACCUAGCAACUGAUCCAACAUGCCGCACUGGAAAUCAUGGUCAAGAACCAGACAUGUGUAUUUAUCCUGCGGGUCUGGCAGUUGGAGGAGCGGUGCUGGAGGCUGCAGACAACCAUGCCUACCCCAAUGUCAUUGUUGAGAUCGCCUACAAGAAUGACGACCUGGAUCGACUCCGUGCGAAACUUGGGCGUUGGAUGCACAACACUUCUGUCCAGGUGGCGAUUGGAAUCAAAAUCAAUGCUGUCAACGCCAAUCGAACGGCAAUCUUGUGCCAGCGUGGCCAGCCCAAUCAAGAAGUGGCGUUUGGUCAUCCUCGUUUGCCUCCACUUGCGAUUUCGUUUCCACUUGCUCUUAUCUACACUGGUGUUGCAAUGCCACCAGCUUUGGCAGCCCUCGCGAAUCCCCAGAUCUCCAUUGACCUGAUUGCCUUGCGGACGUUUAUUGAUGGAAUCCUCUUAGAGGAAGCUGCAGCACACUAG